UUCGUCUUCCAUCCACCCUUUUCUCAAUUCAACAAAAUGUUGAGAAAGAAGCUCGGUUCAAUGAAGAAACUAGCAAAGAAGGUUAAAGCCAUUGGCAAUGCCGACUGCCAGCUAUCACAAAAACACGAGUAUUUGCUCAGAGACGAAGAAGGAGGAGUCUCCCCGACCACAACCACCACCACACCCAUAGGUACUUUUGCAGUGUACGUAGGCGAGGAUCGUCAAAGAUUCACAGUCCCAACAGGUUAUCUCUCCCAUCCUCUGUUCAAAAUACUGUUAGAGAAGGCCUAUAACGAAUUUGGAUUUCAGCAAAGAAAUGGCCUGGUUGUGCCCUGUUGUGUCACUGUGUUUCAAGAAGUGAUAAGUGCAGUGGAAUGCUGCAAUGGGAAAUUUGAUUUUGGAGACUGGGUAGAAGAGUUUAUUUCGGCAACAUAAUAUAUGUGGAACGGAUGUACUCAUUGAAAUGGAUCAUGAAUUUAUGGAUGGAUU